AGGGGGAUCAUCUCUUCUUUAACUCCUCCCUCCAGUUUCUGAAUCAAUAUUAGGCAAUUUGAUCCCACAAAAGGCCACUUCUACAACUGAGAAGAGUAAAAUUUGGUCAGAGUAAAGUAAUUUGCCUACAGCGCCACCAUCAGUAAGUGGAGUAACUGAAAAAUUACUGAAGAACUUAGAUUUAUUCUGUAUGACUCUGAAAAACGAAAGAACAGGCAGGCUAUUUCGGCUCAUUCCAAGAAGGAAGCGUUCAAGUAAUAAACGUGCAAGUGCCAAGGGAGAGAAAGAACCAUACAAGUGAAAGAGUAAGAGCGCGACGCAAACUCGAAAUUGCAGCUGCUUUGCUAAUAAGAUAGAGCGUCAGUAGCAUUAUCUUCAGUACAGAAUUGUUUCGGCUCGAUGUAGUCAGGGCCACCGGGAAGCCCCAUAGGUGUUUUCUGUACCUCUAGGUCAAGCUAGAAAGACCAAGAACGUGACAACACCAGACUCUUCUGUGCUGCUUAGUUCACUAGAUCAUGUCCAAAAGGUAGCGCGCUCAGCUGAGAACACUACAAAUCCCAUCGUGCCUCUCCAGCGGAGGUGGGCGGGCCCUUGGUGCACGUGGGCGACCCUGACCAAUAACGACUGUCGUUACAGCGAACAGUUUGGCCGCGUUUGUAAAAGGCCGCCGCAGGCAAAGCGAGACGCGGCGAGGGCGGUCGCCAGCGAGAGGUCCCUAGAGGUGCGAGUUAGAAAGUCUCACAGAGGGACCUCUGUGAUUUGGAGGCCAGCCUGGUCCACAGAUUGACUUCAAGACCAGCCCAGGCUGCCAAGAUCUCUACCUAGGGGAGCUGGAAUCAAACUGGAACUCUGACUGGAACCCUGAGCAAGCUUUGCUUGGGGAAAAGAGAAUGUCUGCAUUGUUACAUCAGAGAUCAGCCUUCAGAAGACUUAGGCCAAGUGGCAUAUCUCACUGCAAAUGAGCAUGCCUGUCUCUGUGCUGUCUGAUCAUCACAAACUAAUGAAGCACACUUUAGGUCUUAUGGACACAGGUUCCAUUCUUCUCCAGGUGCCCUGGCAGCUGGUACAGGGACCGUGAACAAUGGAACCAAACUCUCAGAGGACUAAAGUCCCAGCUUUCUUAUCUGACUUGGGGAAGGCCACAUUGAGGGGAAUCAGGAAGUGUCCCCGAUGUGGUACGUACAAUGGAACCCGUGGGUUGAGCUGUAAGAACAAGACAUGCGGAACCAUAUUUCGCUAUGGUGCCCGGAAGCAGCCUAAUAUUGAAGCUGUCAAAAUCAUCACAGGCUCUGAUCUACAGGUCUACUCUGUGCGGCAAAGAGACCGGGGCCCUGACUACCGAUGCUUUGUGGAGCUAGGUGUUUCAGAGACGACAAUCCAGACAGUGGGUGGGACAAUCAUCACUCAGCUGAGCUCUGGCCGGUGUUAUGUCCCCUCGUGUUUGAAAGCUGCCACUCAAGGCAUGGUGGAAAACCAGUGUCAGCACAUCAAGCUAGCAGUUAACUGCCAGGCAGAGGCUACCCCUCUGACUCUGAAGAGUUCAGUCCUGAAUGCUAUGCAGGCCUCCCCAGAAACCAAACAGACCAUCUGGCAGUUGGCCACAGAACCUACGGGUCCCCUGGUACAGAGAGUCACUAAAAACAUCAUGGUAGUGAAAUGCAAGACAAGCCAAAAGCACAGCUUGGGCUACUUGCACACGUCCUUCACGCAGAAAAUCAGCUCCAGAAGCCUGCCAGAGCGUCGCUUCUUCUGCUCCUGCCAGACUCUGAAGUCACACAAGUCCAGCGUCCCCAAGGCUGAGGCAGCCCCGAGGUGCAUCCACUUCUUUGCCUGCCUCUGUGCCUUUGCCAGUGAUGAAACAUUGGCUCAGGAAUUCUCGGACUUCCUAAGUCUUGAUGCCAGCGGUCUUAAAGAACUAAUUGUGCCCCAGUUAGGCUGCCACUCAGAAUCAUCUGUCUCAGCUUGUGAAUCUGCUACCCCUAAGCCACGGAAGAGGAAGAAGGAGGAAGUGUCUGGUUCACAGGUGAACAGCUCACUGAUGCCUCAAGACGCAGUAAACAGCAAUGUAAGGAAGAGUUGCCUGAAAAAGCCUGUGGUUGCCGCUUCACUGAAAAGACAGGUCUGUGGUCAGCUGUUAGAUGAGGCACAAGUGACCUUGUCCUUCCAAGAUUGGCUGGCCAGUGUCACAGAGCGUAUCCAUCAAACCAUGCACUAUCAGUUUGAUGGCAAACCAGAGCCCCUGGUGUUCCACAUUCCUCAGUCCUUUUUUGAUGCCUUGCAACAGAGAAUAUCCAUAGGAAGUGCAAAGAAACGGCUCCCCAACUCCACCACAGCUUUUGUUCGGAAAGAUGCCUUGCCACUGGGAACCUUUUCCAAGUACACCUGGCAUAUCACUAAUAUUCUGCAAGUUAAACAAAUUUUAGACACCCCAGAGAUGCCCCUGGAAAUCACACGGAGCUUUAUCCAGAACCGAGAUGGGACUUACGAGCUAUUUAAAUGCCCUAAAGUGGAAGUAGAGAGCAUAGCAGAAACCUAUGGCCGAAUAGAGAAGCAGCCAGUGCUGAGACCUUUGGAGCUGAAAACCUUCCUCAAAGUUGGUAACACUUCCCCAGAUCAAAAGGAGCCAACACCCUUUAUUAUUGAGUGGAUCCCGGACAUCCUCCCACAAUCCAAGAUUGGUGAGCUUCGAAUCAAGUUUGAGUAUGGUCACCACCGGAAUGGACACGUGGCUGACUACCAAGACCCAAGGCCACCCCUGGACCAGCCUUUGGAGCUGGCCCCUCUGACCACUAUCACUUUCCCUUGAGGCAAAUCGAGUUAUUUUGCGGAGUUUGCACAUCCCCACCCCUGACCACUGUAAAUUCUAGUAGCACUUAAUAUGGCCCCUGUUAAUAAACUGCACUUAGCUAAGGUGCAGUUGCUCAGAGCAUCCAUGUGGGUUCUGUAGAAGAAACUCUUGUACAUAGCCUUGUUGGCACUGCUGUGUACAGUCUUAUUAUAAACUAGGCACUUAUUUCUAACCAAGUCCAGGUCAUUGGCAUUCUCAUGGAGUCAUCUGCAACUCGACGACUUUCUGUAAUUCUCUAAGAAGUUGGCAGCUCUGGAACUUAGCCAACAGUAUGAAAACGAUAACGAUGCCCUGGGCAGAGCAGAAUGCAAAGGAUCUGCCUGAGAGCUCUAAUACUCUAUCCUGAUAGCAAAUAAAAUAGUGUCACUAGUUUUUUCAAAUGGUA